CUUUAAGUGCCUCAGCGUGAGCUCCAUCAGGAGAGAGUCGGAGUAGAGGAGGACACCGCUGCGUCCGUGCGCUCCUCUCUGUGGAUGGACCUGCUCUGUGUCCUUGUGCCUGUGGACGGAAUCUGCUGUUUGCCAGCCCGGGAUGGUCAUUUGUGCGCUUGAAACGCAUGGAGUAGAUUAAAAAAGACGCGUAAACUGCCUAAUAAUGAUGUGCCCUUGGGUUGUUUUUGCCUCGUAUUUGAUAUUGCUCCCCCUUGCAGCGUGGAGCAAACCUGUCAUCUACCCCAGCGAGCCUCACAUCGUGGUUCCCAAGAAGGGUCGGCUGGAGCUGCGCUGCCACGACAACACCACGGCGUCCGGUGCCCCGUCCGUGUUGAGGUGGCAGAGGGAGAAGACCCGCAGGCUGGAGGCGAAGCUGGAGGAGGGCCAGUCAGCUUCUCUCAAGAUAUCCACGGUUCACCCCUACCACAUGGGUCUGUACAUGUGCGUCAACAACAGCACCUUGGAGCACAGCUCGGUUUACGUUUAUGUGAAAGACCCUCAGAAUGCUUUCCAGCCCAUCAUGGUGACCAGCAUACUGGUGCGGGCGGGUGAGGACUGCGUCAUCCCGUGUCUUGUGACCGACCCCGAGGUCACCAACCUGACGUUGGAGACCUGUGGCGGGAAGCCGCUGCCCUCAGGCAUGGCAUACAGUGGCGCCCUGCAGCGAGGCAUCGUCAUCAGGAAUGCCAGGAAGGAAUUUGAGGGCUGUUACGUGUGUGCGGGACAGCUCGGCGGAGACAAAGUCACGUCCAGCUCGUACACCGUGGAUGUUCAACCCGUGCCGGACCUGCACCCAACGAUCAGCCUGUCCCAGAAGGACACGGUCAUCUUGAAGACAGGAGAGCGAUUCGAGCUUUACUGCAGCUCCACCAACGUCAACUCAAACCUCAAGCUUAACUGGGACUUCCCUUCAGCAGCGAGUCCAGAAGAGAACCGGAACUCACGCAUCCUUCCGAGCUCCCGAGGCUAUCUGCGCUCAUCCACGCUCCUCAUCGAGACCGUCAAACCAUCCGAUUCUGGAAUAUACCGCUGCCGCGCCGAGAAUGAAAAAGGACACAGCGAUGCAGCAGUGCAGCUGGACGUACGUGAUCAGGGGUUCAUUACAGUCUUAGGAAGUCCGGGUCUGGUCCAAGCCGACGUCAAAGAAGGGGAGAGCCUGACGCUCAGUGUGGAAUUUGACGCCUAUCCCGCACCGCGCUCCAUGUCCUGGUCCUACAACGGCAAGCACGUCCUCAACACCACAGAACACGUCAUCACCGUCCACCGGCGUAAAUAUAGGUUCGUCAGCCAGCUGAGACUGGUGAGGGUUCUCGGCUCCGAGGGCGGGGUCUACACAUUCUCGGCCAGUCACGGAGACGCGUCCGUUGACCAUUUAUUUCACGUCUACGUUAACAGUAAGCCUGUUAUCAUUGCCCAGGAGGGGCCAGUCGAUGGUCAGGUCCGCUGCAUCGCCGCUGGUUAUCCAGUACCUAAAAUUAGCUGGUACUUCUGUGAGCUGCCCCGCACAAGGUGCUCCCACCUGCCCAAUGCCACCCAGUGGGAGACCCCGGAGGUUGCCACCUUGUCGCAGUCGGCCUUCGGCAGGAGUGAGGUGGAGAGCCGGCUGAACGUCAGCAGUGAGCACGCUCAGUACCACACUCUGGAAUGUGUGGCUUCAACGGAGGGAGAGGAAGCCUACACUCUGUUCUCCAUCAGCGAACGCAUUGUCCCCCAUAAACUCUUCACACCUCUUCUAACUGGCAUGGUGGCCACUGGUGUCUUCCUCAGCCUCAUUCUAGUGGUGCUUUUCUAUAAGUAUAUGCAGAAACCAAAGUUCCAGAUUCAGUGGAAGGUCAUCGAGAGCAUCAAUGGAAACAACUACAUCUACAUUGACCCCCUCCAGCUGCCGUAUGACCUGAAAUGGGAGUUUCCCCGGCAGAAGCUUCGCUUUGGUAAGACCCUGGGCUCCGGGGCUUUUGGAAAGGUGGUGAGGGCCACUGCGUAUGGACUUUGCUCUGCGGAUACUGUCACAACCGUUGCUGUUAAGAUGCUGAAACCUAACGCACACGCCACGGAGAAGGAGGCGCUGAUGUCUGAGCUGAAGGUUCUUAGCUAUCUCGGAAACCACGUGAACAUCGUCAACCUGCUGGGAGCCUGCACUGUCGGAGGCCCAAUUUUGGUGAUCACAGAGUACUGUUGCUAUGGCGACCUGCUCAACUUCCUUCGAAGAAAACGAGAGUCGUUCCUAAAUUCCCAGGUUGGGGACGGUUACUAUCGCAACGUGUUGAAGCAGUCGGAGCCGGCAAGGGAUGCAACUGGUACAGCAACUGGUACAGGAUACAUGCCCAUGCAUCCCUCUGAGAAAGAACGAUCCUCUCAGUCAGGUACCUCGUCCACGUUCUUACCCACGAUGCAAUGGACGUUGACUUUCGGCGUAGCUUCCUGUACUGAGGCUGACCACGAACUCUUCAUUGUAGAUUACAUAGACGAGCUCUCUCUGGAUGCAGAAGACCUCCUCAGCUUUUCCUACCAGGUUGCUAAAGGAAUGGAGUACAUUACCUCUAAGAACUGCAUCCACAGGGAUCUCGCAGCCAGAAACGUUCUGCUGACUCAUGGCAGGGUGGCGAAGAUCUGCGACUUCGGCCUGGCCCGAGACAUCACCACCGACGCCAGUUAUGUGCUCCGGGGAAAUGCUCGCCUGCCCGUCAAGUGGAUGUCUCCGGAGAGCAUUUUCGACUGCGUCUACACCUUUGAGAGCGAUGUGUGGUCCUACGGCAUCCUGCUCUGGGAGAUCUUCUCUCUGGGAAAUAGCCCGUACCCAGGGAUGCAGGUGGGAUCGGCCUUUUAUAAGAUGAUUCAAGACGGCCGGAGGAUGAGCAGGCCAGAGUUUGCUCCCAUUGAGAUGUAUGACAUGAUGCUGUCCUGCUGGAACCACGACCCUCUGAAGAGACCUCCCUUCAGGAAACUGGUGGAGAGAACCGAGCUGCUGCUGUCAGAAAACACCAAGAACGUGUACCUGACGCUGAGCAACGCUCCAGACGGCGGUGAGCAGCAGAGGACGCCGUCGCGGAGGCUUAGCUCCGCGUGUAGCACCACAGCGCAGACCCAGCCUUUGCUGCAGAGCACAGCCGACGUCUUCCUGGACUACGUCUGACAUACACACACCUGUGCAUAAAACCCGCUACCACAGCUCAUACAGGCCUCUCAUUCCUAACGAAUACCACACAUUCGCUGCGUUCAUCUAAACCUACGAACGAUAACCCCUGAAUUCUGGCAGCCCUGCAUCUCAGAAACACACACACACACACAC